GCUACUCCCAUGGAGAAUGGCAGAUUCAUCAGAACCGGGCACAGGGAAGUCUCAGCCUCUGGUGCAGGUGAUGUUCCCAAGGCAAAGGAAAGGGAAGUGCAGAGUGAGGACUCCCAGGAUCCUUUAAAACAUUAUGGCUCUAAGACCAAACAUCUAAGACAGAUGGCUUAUUGGACCAAAGAUAAAUUUUGGGGACAAGAAUCUUCUUUUGGGAAAAUGGCGACUCCUGCACGUGCUCCAGAGUUGCGGCCCCCACGAAGCCUGCGACCACCAUGGGCCCUGCUGGGGAACCCUGCCUGCGGGGCCAGCCUCAGCCCAUGCACAAUGUGCUCCCUGCCCUGAGGCUUCGAGCCCCCAGUUCCUGAGGACGUGGGGCGGCAGAGUUUGGCGGAGCUGCGGGAGAGGUUGAGGCGCCAGGAGAGACUUUUGAGCAAAGAAAAAUUCAUUUGCAAAUUGCCCGACAAAGGUAAAAAGAUCUCAGACACCACUGCCAAACUGAAAGCUGCCAUUUCAGAAAGUGAAGAGGUCAGAGGGAGAACUGAACUACUUCAUCCUGUUAGUGUUGACUGUAAGCUAAGGCAUAAAGCAACCACAAGAGUUGAUACCGACAUAGACAAGGCCCAGAAUUCUGACCUGAUGCUUGAUACUUCAUCAUUAGUUCCUGAAUGUUCGUCAGUAGACAUUGAAUCAUCUAAAACAACCUCAGAAACUCAGGGACCUACACAGCUCACUCACAAAGGCAAUGAAGAGACUUUGGAGACUGGCUGCACAGUGAGUACCAGCCCGUCUGUCCGCAUCACAGCCCAGGCUCCCCCAUCUUAAGUUAAUGAACAACUCCCCCAGCAUUCAAGUCAAGUGGAAGAGGUUUCCAGCAGCGUCGACAGUCUGUUUAUCACUAAAUUGCAAAAGAUCACAACUGCAGACCAGACUGAACCCUCAGAAGAAAACACCAGCACUGAGAACUUUCCAGAACUGCAGAGUGAGACUCCUAAGAAGCCUCAUUACAUGACAGUGAUAGAAAUGCGAGCUAGAAACCCAGUGCCCCCUCCUCAUAAGUUUAAGACCAAUGUGUUACCCACACAACAGAGUGACUCACCAAGUCAUUGUCAGAGGGUUCAGUCUCCUGCUUCCUCAGAAGAGCAGCUAUGCAGGGCUAGGCAGCAUCUUGAUGAUGUCACAGCAGCUCACCUUCUUCUGCUCCACCCCCUGCCUGCACAGCUGCUCUCCAUAGAAGAGUCACUGGCUUUGCAGAAAGAGCAGAAGCAGAAUUAUGAGAAGAUGCGGGCAAAGCUCGCAGCACAGAAACUAGCUGAGAGACUGAAUAUUACAAUGCAGAGCUACAAUCCAGAAGGGGAGUCUUCAGGGAGAUACCGAGAAGUGAGGGAUGAAGAUGAUGCCCAGUCCUCGGAUGAAUGCUGAAAAUGAGCGCUGGGAGAUCCCGGGAGUUGACUGUUGAGCUUACAUUGUCUCAUCCAACUUCCAAACAAGUACCAAGACAGUGUCAGACCUUGUUGAGGGACAGCAGUUGAAGUUACACAAAGGUAGCUACAAAAUAAGAACCCAGUUUGUCUUUCAGAAGAUGAUCUUCACAUGCUUGAACAGUUCAAUAUUUGAACAUUGUGUUUGGCCAUAUUGUGUUACAGCUUUGCAGUAUAUUAUGCAUUGGUCUGACAUUUUAGUGUGAGUAGAACACACGUUUUCUUUAAGAUAUCUGCUUUUUCCUUCUUCGUAUUCUUAUCAGAUAGCACUGCUUGCACCCCUUCUGGUGAAAUAUUUUGUUAUUCCAGGCACCAAAAGUGAAUUAGGAAGGCCUGGUCCCCUCACUCAAGAAAUGAGGGGAGCAGUCUAAAGAAUGGUACGCAUGCUUGCAUGGACACGUUCCUGAGACGCUGGAUGUGAAAUGCCGCAUACAACACUUGGGAACCACCACCACUGUGUCUGCUGCUCUGUCCUCUCUUGGGGUGACUGCUGUCACCUGUGAUGAGGUUAAGGAGCACUUGGAAGAAGUGCUGGGUGGGGAGGGUCUUCUGACCCGGUAUGGGGAGCUGCUCCUGGCUGCCCUAGGCUUGAACUCAUUGCCAUCUGGGAUGAUAGGUCCCUGUACAGGACACUCGUGAUUGGUAAGGAAACCGGUGUUUUUCUAAGAGUUACAGUUGAAUUGUCAGUAUAUUGCUUUUUUUCCUUGUUAAACCCACAGAGGUGUUUACAGGCUGCAGAAACCUCAGUCCUGUAUGUGCACAUUUGUGCUUUUUAAAAUGAUUAUAUGAUCAUUUCCAGCAAAGAUAACAAUGUUAUCAAAAAGCCUUUGUCUAUUAUGUGGAACUUGUAAAGGAGAAAUAAAAUACCAAUCAGAGCAAAAAAAAAAA